AUGGAACCAGAGCCCGAGGCGGAACCCGAGCUCCCUCCCACGCCAACACAGAGGGGUCAAGCUGACCCUGUCGUGACGACGCCGCCUCGUGGAAUCCAUGAUACCCCCUCAAAGCGAAAGCGGCGGACCGAUUCCCUGCCCAGGAGCUCGCCGUUGAAGCAACCUCCCCUGCGCCCGCCCGAAUUCUCCCAAAAGACCAAGGAACCCUCCAAGAAGGCCAUGGCCCAGAUGACACACGAGACAAGUCCGACUAAGCCGGCGAGGAAAAGGGGCAGGCCUAGAAAAGGACCCAUGGGCACACACGAAGCCCGACAGAUACCAGUGCCGGACCCUAAUGCCGAACUCAAAGAGACACGAGACGCGCUCGAGGCAGAGAUCGCCAAGCUGGAGGCCGACUUGGACUUUGCGACCGAAGAGAACGAGCGGGUUCGACGAGUGCAGUCGCUUAGGUCUGCGACCGAGCCCUCCAUUCCCGUUUCACGCCGGGAACAACUCUUUGACGUUUUGCGGCGGCACCUUAUGCCCCCUGAGAAGGAAAACAAGCCAGACGCGGCGCAGGAGUGGUUCGAUCUGGCGAUGAAGCCGACGUCGUGGCUUUCGUUCGCUUCUCUUGGGCAGACACAGCCACUCACCUCGGAGCCAGAAGAGGAAGACCUCCCGGCACCUAUUUCACAUCACCCAAUUCAAAUGACGACCGAGGAAGAGCUUCCAUACCUGCAAGCUUUCACGCCUUUCGUGUUUUCAGGGACCACUCACAUGUUGCCACGUGAGAGUGAAGAAGACCCUCUGCUGCGCAAACACAAUAUCGACAUCAGAUCCGCAUAUCCUGCAGGUUUAUUCACGGCCAAGGUUGAGAUGACAGUCGACACGGAAAUGCUGAAAAUCACCGAUCUCAGAGUGCCGCGUCUUGAUCAGGCAGCCGUCGCUGAGGUUGGCCCAUUCAUCAACAAGGUUACCUCGGAUGAUUGCAACAGCCAUAUGAGACGCAACGUUAGCAUCGUCACUUGGGCAAUGGCCGAGUGGUACCGUGUUGCUGUCGAGCGUGCGAAAAUGUGGCAUGUCUUGGAGAGCGAGCUCGGAGAUAGGGAAAAGUUGUUCGAGAACGUCGCCAAAAUAAGGACUAGGCGGAAGAAGCGUAGAAGAAAGGAUGAUGACGACCCCCAGAGCCAGGACGCGGAGGCAAGAGGCGAUAAGGAUCAUAAGGACAUCCUCAGUCGCGCCGUACUGCUGCCUCACAUGGGCCGAACCACGUACGAAAUACCAAUCCCUGGUGCGGUAGAUGAGGAGUCGUCUUGCUUAAGGAUACAAUGGAAGAUCGAUUUCGAUUGGACUGGGGAGGCACAGAGCAAAGUCGGCUUGAUGAUCGGGAUGCCCGGUAGAUGGCGCCAAGGAGACGAACGAGAUUCUCUGGCAAAGGCAUCCGAGGUUUUUGAAAAGCUUGCGCAGGGCAACGAAGGCCCUAUGACCGCUGUACGCACUGUUGUCGCAUUAUUGGCUGGUGAUGCCUGA